AUGAAUUACAAGGAGAAACUUGAAGAAGGGUAUUCCACCCAACGUCCACCCAUGUUCAAUGGUAAGUUUUACACCUACUGGAAGAACAGGAUGGAGAUAUUUAUCAAGGCUGAGAAUUACCAGGUUUGGCGUGUUAUUGAAACUGGUGAUUUUGAAAUAACUGCAACCAAUGACAAGAACGAGGUAGUUCCUAAACUUAUUUCUGAUUAUGAUAAGGAAGAUUAUCAGAAACUUGAAUUAAAUGCUUUAGCUAUAAAGUAUUUGCACUGUGGACUUGGACCUCAUGAACAUAAUCGUAUCAUGGGAUGCAAGUCUGCUAAACAUAUUUGGGAUCUACUAGAGGUAACUCAUGAAGGUACCAAUGAAGUAAAACGUUCUAAAAAUGAUUUAUUGAUGUCUAGAUAUGAAAGACACAUUCCUAUUGAUGAACAGGCAAGGAAGAUCUUAAGGAGCCUACCACAAGAUGAACGAUGGAGAUCCAAGGUUAAUUCCAUGCAAGAAGCCAAGGACUUCACGAAGUUUAACAUGGAACAACUAGCUGGAUCAUUGAUGACUCAUGAACUUCACCUGAGUUCCAACUCUGAAAGUUCUAAGAACAAGAGCCUUGCUCUAAAGGCUCAAGACUCAGAGGAAUCGGAAGCUGAUGAGGAAGAAAUGGCAAUGCUAGUUAAAAAGUUCAAAAGGAUAAUGAACUACAAGAAGUUUGAUAGGAACGAGAAGUAUGAAAGUUCCAGAAACACAACUUGUUUCAAAUAUGGGUCUAAAGAUCACUUCAUCAAAGAUUGUCCUCUACCAGAUGGUGAGAAAGUAAAGACAAAGGGAAAGAAGCAAUCCAAAGAGUCAAGAGUCUAUAAGCCUUACUUCAACAAGGACAAUGUGAAGAUAGCCAUGCUAGCUUCUUGGGGAAAUUCAGAUUCAGAGGAAGAGGAAGAUCAACCGUCAGAAGAAACUGCACAUCUAUGCUUGAUGGAAAAAACUAAUGAAAAGGCAAAACUGAAGGAACUAAAAUUUGAGGUAUGGUUUUCUCAAAAAGAACUUAGACAUUUCUCUAAAGAAAACUUAAUAUUUGUUGUUUUAGAAAUUCAAGAAGAAUUGAAAGAAUUGCACAGAGCUAAACAGCAAAGUGAUGAAGCUUUGGUGACUUAUAAAGAAAACUUUCCUCCAAUUGCUCAAUAUCCAAAUUUUGAAAAACUAAAAUCUGAUUUGGAAGAUAUAAAAGCGGAUAGGGCAAGACUUGAGGGGGAACAUGAGAAAGCCAGGAAAGGUAAACAACCUAUAGACUACAGAGUUCCAGAUUGGAUCACUAAAGCCCAAACCAAGAGAAAAGAAGGUUUGGGUUUCAAUAAGAAGUUCCAAAAGGAAAGGAAAAUCAUUCACAAUGAAACUGUGAACAUUAUUUUAGAAGGAACUCGUAAAGGGAACACAUAUGUUGUGGAUCUUAACGAGGUUCCUAACAACAGUCUAACAUGUCUUAGUGUCAAUGAGGAUGAUCCUCUAUUAUGGCACAAGAGAUUUGGCCAUGCAAGCUUUACUUUACUUGACAAAUUGAGAUCUAAGGAACUAGUGGAAGGACUUCCUUGCAUUAAGUUUUUGUAUGAUAAAAAAGAACAGAGAAGAACAGGUAAUCCAUUGAUUCACCUCAGAUCAGACCAUGGAACUGAAUUUGAAAAUUCAAAAUUUGAUGACUUUUGCACUGAGCACAGAAUGGAUCACAACUUCUCUACCCCAAGAACUCCACAACAAAAUGGAGUGGUGGAACGCAAGAACAGAAGCCUUGAAGACAUGACUAGAACAAUAGAGCCAUCUCAAGUUGUCUGCCUAGGAACUUCUGGGCAGAAGCAAUGA